UGUAGUUCUCUUGGAUAGCGAGAGAGAUUAGUGACAUCGAUAUUUGGCGCAUGCGUUAAAAGGGAAGACUUUCGCAGGCGCCACCUUGCGAGACAGUCCUAUCGCAGAAGUUAUCUCGAGUAGUCUUUCGGUGGUUGUGUUCGUCCGGUUUUCCCGUGAUUUUUGCAAUCUCGAAGGAUCUCGGUUACUGCUACUCGAACAAAAAGAGCGAUGUCGUUGGCUGGGUAUUAAAGCAAUCAGGAGCUGACUGGAGAACAAUCUAGUCGCGCUCAUUCGAAUCACUGUUGAGUAUCAGCUAGUAAACACACGCGAGGAUCAUGAAAAUGGUGCUGUCUCAACGUCAGAGGGAGGAGUUAAAUAAGGCGAUCGCGGACUAUCUCAGCACCAACGGCUAUCAAAAUGCGCUCGACGCAUUCAAGAAGGAAGCUGAUAUGCCUGGAGAGGUGGAAAAAAAAUACGGAGGACUUCUGGAGAAGAAAUGGACUUCGGUCAUACGUUUGCAAAAGAAGGUAAUGGAAUUGGAAUCGAAACUCUCAGAGGCUGAGAAAGAAUUCAUCGAGGGAGCACCGACACGUAGCAAACGAUCACCGUCUGAGUGGAUACCAAGGCCACCCGAAAAGUACAGUCUCACUGGACACAGAGCUCCUAUCAACAGAGUUAUUUUCCACCCAGUUUUCAGUCUUAUAGUAUCUGCCAGCGAAGAUGCCACAAUUAAGGUAUGGGACUUCGAAAGUGGCGAAUUCGAAAGAACAUUAAAGGGGCAUACUGACAGCGUACAAGACGUUUCAUUCGAUGUUUCCGGAAAACUGUUAGUCUCUUGCAGUGCAGACAUGUCUAUUAAGUUAUGGGACUUUCACCAGUCAUUCGCCUGCGUGAAAACCAUGCAUGGACAUGAUCAUAGUGUCAGCUCUGUCGCAUUUGUACCACAAGGAGAUUUCGUAGUGAGCGCCUCUAGGGAUAAAACCAUAAAAAUAUGGGAAGUGGCGACAGGUUAUUGUGUUAAAACGUUGACGGGCCACAGAGAGUGGGUGCGAAUGGCUAGGGUUAGUCCCUGCGGAGAGUUAAUUGCUAGCUGCUCAAAUGAUCAAACGGUACGAGUUUGGCACGUGGCAACAAAAGAAACAAAGGUCGAACUCAGAGAUCACGAGCACGUGGUUGAGUGUAUUGCAUGGUCACCGGAAAGUGCAAGAGCAUCGAUUAACGCUGCGGCAGGAGCAGACAACAAGGGUGCCCAUGAAGGACCUUUCCUCGCAUCUGGCUCGCGAGACAAGGUAAUCCGCGUAUGGGACGUCGGUGCCGGCGUUUGUCUUUUCACCCUCCUAGGACACGACAACUGGGUGCGUGGCAUCGUCUUCCAUCCUGGUGGCAAGUUUAUCGUCAGUGCCUCUGACGAUAAAACCCUGCGAGUCUGGGACACACGCAACAAACGAGUGAUGAAAACUCUUGAGGCGCACUUCCAUUUCUGCACCUCCGUUGAUUUUCACAAAAGCCAUCCUUACGUGGUUACCGGUAGUGUCGAUCAAACGGUGAAGAUCUGGGAGUGCCGCUAGUUACCAAAACAUCAGGGUCUCUUUGAACCUUCGUCGAUGAAGAGAGAUUUUGGAAAGAAGGCGAACGAUGCGCGUCGAAUUCGAGGGAAACGGCCGAGAGAGUAAGCUGCUACAAAAAAAGUUAUCGUACAUACUACUAUUAUUAAUAUUAAUAUUAUUAUACACACAUAAACACGUACGAUUAAGAGCU